UUGAUAUUUCAGUGCCGUACUACUCUCUCCUCGGGAGGAGCACCUUGCUGCUCCGAGUGUUUUGUGUAGUUGGAUUUUGUGUUUCUGUGAACGGUUCGAGAUGGACCCGCCACACGGAUUCGGAAUUUGGAUGCUCUGCAUUCUCAGCGGCUGGCCUGGUGGUCCACCUGGCCGCCUCUUGAACGGCGACGCGUGGGUCCAGAUCGCGCCGGUGCAAAAAGGAAGCGGCGUCUGCCCCGAAAUCAGACCUGGAAUCGACGUCACCUUUCACUUGUACCAGUUUUACGAUGGACACGACGCAGACAAGUACAAAACGCUCAUCCCUUACGACAAAGAAAACUUGGCCGCCUCAGGUUUCAACCCCAAUUACCCGACCGUAUUCUAUGCGCACGGCUAUUUGGCAGGACCGGAGUCGAUCGAAACGAGAACUGUGAGAAGAGCCUACGCCGCCAGGGGAGGUUUCAAUUUCGUCACAGUCGGAUGGAGACCACUCGCAGCCGGUCCGUUUUACCAGACGGCCGUGGAAAAUGUGAGCCCCCUGGGCUAUCAGAUCGCGCGAAUGCUUGACUUCGUCGAGAGGAAUGCCGGACCACUGAAGGACCUGCACUUGAUCGGCAAUAACCUUGGUGCCCACGCCAUGGGGGUGGCUGCCGGCAAGACCAACGUUGUCAGGGUCCCAAGGAUCACAGGCGAGUAAAAAAAUUGUGUGCGAUUCCACGCAUGGUACAUAGAACGGAAAAAUAAAAUAUACAAAUAUCUGAUUU